AUGAAAAUUAAUCUCUUCCUAAUUGAUUUUUCAGCUGAACUUCUGGGUUUCAAACACCAUAUUCCAGCUUUCGCAGCAACUUUUAACACUUCGGUAGAUAUUCUCACGGGCGUUAACUAUGCAUCUGGUUCAGCCGGAAUUCUUGAAGAAACCGGCAAACAUUUGGGUACAAAUAUAGAUUUGGACAGGCAACUAGAAAACCACAAAAUCAUAGUGGAUGGGAUUACUGAGCUUCUAAAGAACCAAAAUUUAAGUCCAGCCAUGUAUCUAAACAAGUGCUUAUAUUCAGUGGGAAUGGGAAACAAUGACUACCUCAACAACUACUUCAUGCCCAAGCUUUAUUCCACCAGUUAUCACUUUACCCCUGACCAAUAUGCAACCAUCCUGGUCGAUCAAUACUCUCAACAGUUAAGGAGAUUAUAUAACUAUGGGGCAAGAAAGGUGGCUGUGUUUGCUUUGGGAAAAAUAGGUUGUAUUCCUUUUUCGCUCGCUACCCAUGAUACCAAGGGAUCUUUUUGUGUCGAUGAAAUGAACAGUGCAGCUGAGCUUUUCAACAAGAGACUUAAAUUACUCGUAGAUCAACUUAACAGAGAUCUUGUUGAUGCUAAGUUUUCUUUUCUCAAUCCUGAUCCGCCUAUUGAUGGUUUCACGGUAUUUGCGAAAGGAUGUUGCGAAGUGUCAGAAAUUGGACAAUGCAUUCCUUGGCAAAUUCCAUGCUCAAACAGAGAAGAGUAUGUGUUUUGGGACUCUUUUCACCCAACUGAGGCUAUGAACCGGCUGAUGGCAAAUUUAUCCUACAAUGUUAUUACUGCUUCUUAUGCUUUAUCCAGUAAAUAAGAUUUUAAAUUCAAUUUUGUAAAGAAACAAAGAAGAUACUUAUAUAGAUAACGGUAGAAUAUUAUUUAUCUAA